AUGAAUCAUGUAAAAGCCGCAGGUCGAUUUCCAAAUUCAUGGCAUAAUUUGAAUGAACGAGAAAUGUUCGGUACAACUUGUGAGACAACGAUCAGAGGAAGUUUUUACCAAUCAAAAUGGCGUUGGCAAGGACGAUUUUGGUGUCCAUCACUAUCUACAAUAGAAGGUUAUUCGAAGAGUUUGGAAAGUCGAGAGGAUGUAAUCGACCAUGCCAUUGCUGAUUAUAUGCAAAAAGGCAAGGAACUUGGUUUCUUGACUGAAAGUCAACUACAAAAUGCUUCCAAUAUUCAACCAGAAUCGAUCAAUCUAUCGGAUGAUGUAAAGUCAAGACACAGACGGGACUUAACAAAUCAAAUAAAACAAGAAAAUCAAACCAAAAUUUAUGAUAACGGUCUUUAUUACGGAGAUACAGUUGAUGACGUAGAACAUGGAAUGGGAGCUUAUAUUUGGAACAGUGGUGCCAAAUAUUAUGGCAGAUGGUCUAAUGGCAACAUGCACGGUAUCGGUCUGUAUUACUUUGUUAACGGAGACACAUACGUGGGACAGUUUCAAAAUAACAAAUUACAGGGCUACGGAAUUUUGAAAAGCCCCAGUGGCUAUGUAUACAAGGGAGACUUUAUUAAUGGUAUGGAAUGGGGAUAUGGCGAGGAAACAUGGACUACUGGAGACAAGUAUAUAGGGCAAUUCAAAAAUGGUCAACGAUAUGGAUUUGGCUAUUGGCUUUUUGCUAGUGGGAAAGGAAGAGCAGCUUUUUAUAUGGGUGGAAAAGAAAUCUAA